UCCUGCAUUGUGCGUCACAGCUGCGACACACGCGGCUCUUCCGUUCGGCCUGUAGACGCGCAUAGUCGCGCUUUCAUAUUUUAACUCGUAAUUUAUAUAACAAAUCUGUGAAAAUUAUGGCCGCCGCCGCAGCUCCUGUGAGGAAGAGGAUCCUGAAGGAGGAAGACAUGACGAAAGUCGAGUUUGAGACGAGCGAAGAGGUGGAUGUGACGCCGACGUUUGACACGAUGGGCCUGAGGGAAGAUUUACUGCGCGGGAUCUACGCGUACGGUUUUGAGAAACCAUCAGCCAUCCAGCAGAGAGCCAUCAAACAGAUCAUCAAGGGACGAGACGUCAUCGCCCAGUCGCAGUCUGGAACCGGUAAAACAGCCACGUUCUGUAUCUCAGUGCUGCAGUGUUUGGAUAUUCAGGUUCGAGAGACUCAAGCGCUGAUUUUGGCUCCGACCAGAGAGUUAGCAGGACAGAUCCAGAAGGUGCUGCUGGCGUUGGGCGACUACAUGAACGUUCAGUGUCACGCCUGUAUCGGAGGCACAAACGUCGGCGAGGACAUCAGGAAGCUGGACUACGGUCAGCAUGUAGUUGCUGGAACGCCCGGACGAGUAUUCGACAUGAUCCGCAGGAGGAGUUUGAGGACUCGUGCCAUUAAGAUGCUGGUGUUGGAUGAAGCAGAUGAAAUGCUCAACAAGGGUUUUAAGGAACAGAUCUACGACGUGUACCGAUACCUGCCGCCCGCCACUCAGGUGUGUCUGAUCAGCGCCACACUGCCACACGAGAUCCUGGAGAUGACCAACAAGUUCAUGACCGACCCCAUCCGCAUCCUGGUCAAACGUGAUGAAUUGACGCUGGAGGGUAUCAAGCAGUUUUUCGUGGCCGUCGAGCGAGAGGAGUGGAAGUUCGACACUCUUUGUGACCUGUACGACACGCUGACCAUCACACAAGCCGUCAUCUUCUGCAACACCAAACGCAAGGUGGACUGGCUGACGGAGAAGAUGAGGGAGGCGAAUUUCACAGUGUCGUCGAUGCAUGGAGACAUGCCACAGAAAGAGCGAGAGUCCAUCAUGAAGGAGUUCAGAUCUGGAGCCAGUCGAGUGCUGAUCUCCACAGACGUUUGGGCCAGAGGUCUGGAUGUGCCUCAGGUUUCUCUCAUCAUUAACUACGAUCUUCCCAACAACAGAGAGUUGUACAUCCACAGGAUUGGUCGAUCAGGUCGUUACGGCAGGAAGGGUGUGGCCAUCAACUUCGUGAAGAACGACGACAUCCGUAUCCUGCGUGAUAUUGAGCAGUACUAUUCCACACAGAUCGAUGAAAUGCCCAUGAACGUGGCCGAUCUGAUCUGAGUGCUGAAAACAUUCAAGUUUUGCUUUCAUCUGGAUCUUUUAUUUUCCAUUUCUUGUGAUUCUAUUUUUAUUUACUCUUUUUACGUAGUUUGAGCGCUCAGAUGUUUGAAGUAUGUUGCGUUCUGAGCGGCGGUUUCGUGCGCUUCAUUGGCUUUUGUAAAUAAAGAAACUUUGUCUCCA